AUGGGGAGCCUGUUUAAUGAGAGCGCUGAUGCCGAUAUCCAUUUCUUGUUUCGGCCAAUCAGGCUGAAAAAUGGCCAGUGCCUGCCUGUGAUUGGUUCAGUCAAAGCAGGAACGCCCCCGAAGGACAAUCUUCUGGAAGUUUUACGGGGGCUACACGAGUCCCUGCCUUGGGGUUAUGGUGGGGUGGAGUUACUGUUGGUGCUGUGUAACCUGGAUCUAUCUCUGCCUUGCCCUCGCCACUGCAUCUGCUACACUUCACCCAGCACCGUCUCCUGCCAGGCCCACAACUUCCAUGCCGUGCCCGAGGGCAUCCCCGCCCAGAGCGAGCGCGUCUUCCUGCAGAACAACAAGAUCCAGCGGCUGCUUCGUGGCCACUUCUCGCCCACCACCACCAUGUUGUGGCUUUACUCCAACAACAUCUCCUACAUACAGCCAUCCACAUUCCACGGCUUUGACCGCCUAGAGGAGCUCGACCUCGGGGACAACAAGCACCUGAAGGCCAUCGCUUCUGACACCUUCCUGGGCCUGGGCCGGCUACACGCCCUGCACCUCUAUCACUGUGGCCUGAUCAGCCUGCCUCCAGGGAUCUUUGCAGGCCUCCAUAAUCUCCAGUAUCUCUACCUACAGGACAACCAGUUGGAGUUCCUGGAGGACGACCUGUUCAUUGACCUGCUGAACCUCAGUCAUCUCUUCCUGCAUGGCAACCGACUGUGGAGCCUUCGCCAGAACACCUUUCGUGGUCUGGGGGUCUUAGACCGCCUGCUUCUCCACCAGAACCGAAUCCAGUGGAUUGACCGCCAGGCUUUCCAUGACCUGCGGCGCCUCACCACCCUGUACCUGUUCAAUAACUCCCUGACUGAGCUGUCUGGUGCCAGCCUCACUCUACUGUCAUCCCUGGAGUACCUUCGCCUCAAUGACAACCCCUGGGAGUGUGACUGCAAGGCCUUGUCACUUUGGGAUUGGCUGCGGAGGUUCAGAGGCUCCACCUCUUCACUAAAUUGUGUUUCACCACCGGAGCUGGAGGGGAAGGACCUCAAAGCAGUGAAGAAAGAGGAGCUGCCCAGUUGCUUAUCAGGUGAGGGUCAUGCACGAGGUCCCCCAGGUGAGGAGAUGGAGCACGGGGAGUCUUUAAACCACCUGAAUCGUCACCGAAGUCAUCACAACCACCAUCAGCGGCCAUACUUGCCCCACGGGGACCAGUACAGCUUGCCCUCUCCCUCGCCGCUGCCACGGCCACCCAAAGGAGGCCGCAGAAACUGUACCCGCCGGGGCCGCAAGGUCAAAGGGGGGCUCAAUGAGGUGCAAGUACUAAGGGAGGGGGGUGAGAAAGACUAUUCUCCAGAUGGUAAAUAUGACCUGUCUGCAACUGCAAGGAGGAAGAACAAGUGCAUCCCAAGAACUUCGGUCGGCCCACCAAGCGGGGUCCAGAGAGCUAAUAAUAAAGCAGGGUCACACUUUGCAGAUUCUGGUUUCUGCUUCGCAUCGGCUCUGCUGCUGUCACUCGUCUCUGUGAUCCUCCGCUGA